GGCAGUGGUGCCUCGGCCGGCUGGUGGUCGCCGACCAUCUGGUGGCGCAGCUGCCCGAGCAGUUCAGCGUCUCGCCGCUGGGCGGCGCCGGCGGCGGCCGCGCAGCGCGCCUGGCCGAGUUCGCGCAGCGCGCGCUCACCCACCCCCACGCCACCGUCAGCAAGCUGGCGCGCCGCGUCUUCGUGCAGAUGGCCCUGGCCGCAGAAGCCGACCCGGACGCGCAUGCGCACAUCAACGAGCUGAUGGCCGCGCUCGACUCCAACCUGCAGCUGCGACUGCGGCGGCGCGUGCGCGCGCUCUGGGAGGCGGCGCGCGGCGUGGGCUCUGCGGCAGCGGCGCGCGGCGCGCCGCCGCCGCCGCAGAGCCCCGGUUCCGGCGCGGCGCCGACGCCGGCCGGCCGCCGGCCUCGGCCCAACUUCCUGCCGCUCGACCCGGCCUCGGUGGCAGCCGGCUUCAGAAGAAAACAGUCGCAGCUGCGCCGCCAGGCGGGCGCCGAGCGCGCCGCGCCGCUGAAGGCGAGCCUGUACUCGCCGAGCGAGCUGGAGGUGCCCCUGUCCACGGACAUGUCCACGCCGUCCACCAUGGACGUGGAGUGCGCCUGUGCCCCGCCGCACCUGCAGCACCUGCCCUGCUCCACCGACUCCGUAGAGGAAAUCAUAGUGUACCCUCACAACCAAGAUAUGGAGGGCGACACGCUGGUGACCUACACGGAGGAGGUAGACUGGCGCCGCGGCCCGCUGCUCGGCACGGGCGCCUUCAGCUCCUGCUACCAGGCGUGCGACCUGCAGUCGGGCCACCUGAUGGCCGUCAAGCAGGUCCACGUGUCGACCGGCUGCGGCAGCGACACGCCGUCGGAGCGGGCGCAGCGCGAGGCCGCGCUGCGCGCCGAGGUGCGUCCUGCUGGCCGGCCUGCAGCACCCGCACGUGCUGCGUCUGCUGGGCGCCACCCGGCGGCCGGCCGUGAUGAACCUGUUCACCGAGUGGGAGGCCGGCGGCUCGGUGGCCAGCCUGCUGCAGCGUUACGGCCCCAUGAGCGCUGACGUCAUCAGGCGCUACGCCGGACACCUGGUGGACGGGCUCGCCUACCUGCACGACAGCCAUAUUCUGCACCGCGACCUCAAGGGCGCUAACCUGCUGGUGGACUCGUCCGGCCAGUGCCUGAAGAUCGGCGACUUCGGUACGGCGGCCGUGCUAGGCACCGACGCCACGCUCAAGGGC